UUUAACGGAUCGAUAAUAAAAUUGAAAAAUAAUUUAGGUCCAAUAAAAAUUAGUAAAAGUAAUAAUUGUAGCUUUAAUUGGUCAAAGCUUAGCACGGUGUUAUUAUAUUUAGAGAUUUUUAUCUUCGAAAAAAAAAAAAUCAAAUAACCAGACUUUUUUUUAUAACAAUGAGUUCAAUCAGAGAUUUUUUUCCUAUUUCAUAUACAGUUGGUGGAACAAAACCCCAGAAGAAUUUUGUUCUACAGAAUAAAAAGUAUGUGACGAAACUAGCUAAAAACACUCAAGCAUUAAAAGAAAAUGAAAAUCCAUUAAACAAAUUGUCUAGUGACAAUAUUCAGAAAUUAAAAUCGAGACGUGGGUCAAAUAAUGACUUAGCUAAAAAACCUGUAAAAUCUAUAGAUUUGGAUAAAAUUGAUGCUAGUUUAAAAUCUAUUCGCUCUGCAAUUGCUCAUACUAAGAUAACUCAAGAAAAAUUAUGUAUCAACUGCACAAAUGAAAAAUAUUUAGAUUUUAAAAAUCAAGGUACACAAACAAUUAAUCCGUAUAAUGAAGAAGAUGUUUUAAAAGAUAGUAUUGUCAGGUAUCCUAAAUCAGAAAAAUUGGAUACAGCUACAAUUCAAAUGAAUCAUAAAAACACUGCUGCUGUACAAACUGAACGUUCUGAAUCGGACUGUUCUAACUAUGUAUCUAAAAAUAGUUUGAAACCUUUAAAAAAAGAUGAAAUAAAUUUAAAGACAAAACAUUCAGUUGGAUUUAAAGAAAAUGCAACAAGUUAUCAUCAACCUGGAGAAAUACCCAAAUAUUUAAAAGAUCGUAAAGUGUUAAAAGAAAAAAAUGAAAAGGAAACACAAAAGAAAUUAGCUAUUAGACGUGAAUUAGGUCUUGAUGAUCCUGCCUGUCCUCCUGGACAUUUAUUACUACCUGAACCAGAACGUUUGGAACAUUUAUCUAAAAUAAAAAAAGAUUAUAACCAUCUGCUAACGCAGUUGAAUAUGUUACCUGUAAGCUCAGAUUCGUAUAAGAUGAAAGAAAAACGUAAAAAUCUUGAAAAUGAAUUAGAUAAACUACAACUUGGUAUUAAACUAUUUUCUAGGAAAAAACUUUAUGUUAAGAUGAGCCCUAAAAAUUAAAUUUUUAAAAAUGUAUCUAAUAAAGCUAAUUGUGAUGUAUCUAUACUCUACAAAUUUUAACAUUUCAAAAAUAAUUUAUUUCUAUUAUAAACAAUUAUUUUUAAGAAUA